UAUGGCAAGUUAUUCGAGCGAUAGUUCCACACCACCGAGUUCUCCUCAAUGGAAGGUUGAUUCAUUUUCCGAGACGAAUGAUCAACGGCGUCUAUGCAAGAUAUGUCUUAAACAAUGGGAUUCAAAAAAUGCUAGAAAAUUGGCGUGCAUGCACGUCUUUCACGAAGAGUGUCUUAAUUCGCAAGCCACUAUUAAGUCUACAACGUUCGUCUGUCCAGUUUGUUCCACAAGGGUAGCUUGGCCCAAAACUGGAGCUUCAAGCCUCAUUAAACACGAUGACAAUUCGUGUUGUAUAAACUAUUCUGACAGUUUUAUAGACGAGCCAUCACCAAAAUUUCGUUGUAGUUUAAAUGAUAGAAAAGUUGUUGAUAUGGUCUGCAUAACUUGCAAUUAUGAACCUAUUUGUAGUGGGUGCAUUUCAAAGCAUUCGGGUAAAGGUCAUCACUCAAUUGCUAUGGAGGAAAAGUUCAAUUACAUACAUAAUUUUCAGCACGAAUGUAUGGAAACUAUUGAAAAAUUAGAUUCGCUUAUUGAUGAAGAAAAAACAAUUUUACACAGUGAAAUUGAUGUUUGUAUUGAAAAUGCCAAAGAAAAACUCUUACAACAAAAAGAACAAUUCAUUCAACAAUUGAAUGAUGUUUAUGAUAAGAAAAUAACUGAAUGUAGGAAUAUUGCAUUGAUACACGAAUGCGAUACUCUUUCUAUCACUCCUUCCAUUGAACGAAGUAUUCAGGAUAAAUUGGAGCAGAUGUCUAUUCAAGUGAAUAAUUCACUUUGUACAUUUGAAAAAUUCCCCAUAAAACAAUGCGCAUCCAUUAAAACUGUACCAGAGGGCAGCACCACUCAGAAGACGGCGACGCUUGGUAGGAACAAAAAGUUGUCGUUUUAUUUUCAACGAUUUGAGGUCUUUGACGACGAUUACGUUACCAAAGUUAAAGAAUUAUUUGUUGAUAGGAGUCGAAUAUAUUUGUUAUCCGAAUCAGUAAUAGGUGGCGCCACAAUACACAAAGUAGUGGCUUUCGAUCAUGCUCUAAAGGAGAGUCACACAAUCAUUUCGAGAGAAGGUGAAUUAAGGGGUUUUACAUCGGACGGAAAAUGGAAUUAUUUGAUUGAUGUUGAGGAUGAAUCGAUUAUAAGAUGUAAAACAACCGAAUUGGGCAGUGAAAUCUUUUUUAAAUCCUUUUUUAGGGCUGAAGGAGCGAAAUCUUUGGUAUUUUAUAGUCAAGAUAAUUUAAUAAUUAUCAUUAGAAAGAACAGUGUGUUAUGUCUAAAACAGUCGGGAGAGGUUAGCCAAGUGAAUAUAGAUAUCGAUGGUGCGAAUAUGACAUACGGGAUCUUCUGUCCCCUUAAAUCAGAGAUAUUUAUAAUAGAUUCCGGGCCAUCAAAUUGUCUUAGAGUAUUUGAUCCAAUAAGAAAAAGCUUUCUACAAAGUUAUACGCCAAUUAAUCCGCUAUCCACUUAUUGUAUUGGAAUUUAUAAGCAGUUUUUAUUGGCACCAACUGGACGUUCAAUGCUCUCUAUUGAUCUUUUAAGAAGGGACGAAAUACGUGUACCGGAACUAUUAAGAGAAGAAUCACAGUAUAUCUUUGUUUACGGUAACAAAGUUUUCCUCUUGAGCAACGCUCCUAACGGAUUUAAAAUACAAACUUAUUUAAUAAGGGUCGAAUAG